UUCAGUAUUCCGCGCGUCGUCGUACGGUACAGAGGUUUUGUUUUUCUUUUCCUUCGGUGAUCUUUUUUUCCUCAUUGAAGCGCGACAAAACUUCGUUCUUGUCCGAGAAAGACAAGAGAUAUACUAAGUGAUAGACACGGGAUUGUGAGAAAAAGAAAACAAAAAUAAAUAAAUAAAGUAAAUAAAUUAAUUAAAGUGACAAAGGGAUAUUAAGGAGAAGAAAGGGUGAAGGGUUUAAAAAAGGAAUCAUAUAAUCAACACAAUCGAUAAACGUUGCUUUUGAAAAAAGGGUAUAGUCCUUUUUUUUUUUUUUUCUUUACGAAGAGGUUUUUUGGCAUCCUUGCAGAUAUCAUGAUAUUGAGGGGAGGAUUUCUAUGAGGGUAUAAAAAUCCGGCCAAUUUGUAAAAUCUUCAAAAAUCUGUAGAACGUACGAGUCCCAGUGGAGAGGAAGAAAAGUGAUAUAAAAAACAAAAGGAUGAUCUAUUAUCAAGAUUAUGAUAUAAACAAAAUUAUUUAUCAAGAAUGCGAUUAGAGAAAGAAAGAAGAAGAGAAAAAGAAGUAGAAGUAGAAGAGGAAGAGGAAGAAGAAGAAGAAGAAGAAGAAGAAGAAGAAGAAGAAGAAGAAGAAGAAGAAGAAGAAGAAGAAGAUAAUCGAGUUACGUUGGGAACGCGUGGAUCAUUGGAUCGUGCGGAAGUGCCUCUUGGGAGGGUAAAUAUCUCUUAUACGUUAUAAAGGACAACAACCGAGGGGAUAUAGAGCGCGAUUUGAAGUUGGGUAAACUUUUUUUACUGGAAAAUAUUUGCUUUGAGAUUUUAUAUAUAUAUAUAUAUAUAUAUAUAUAUAUAUAUAUAUAUAAAAGAAAAAAAAUAGAAGAAAAAAAAAGGUGCAAAUAUCCCGAACAAAUAUAUAUUUACGUCUUUUGUUCGACGCAAUGGUAAGUCCCAAGAAACGAAAGAUGCGAUAAAAAUCAAAGGAAGAUUAAAAAAGCGAAAGAGAGAAGAAGAAGAAGAAGAAGAAGAAGAAUAAAGUGUAAGAAAGAAAAACAAGAGAUCAAUCUAAGAAAGGAUUUCGAUACAAAAGCAAAAUAUAUAUAUAUAUAUAUAUAUAUAUAUAUAUAUAUUUAUAUUUAUAUAUAUUUGACCGACAAAAUGGCGGAAGAAACGUUUCGUCGUAAAACUCGAUCGGCCUCGAUUUGUGCCCCUGGUUUUUCGAGUAUGGAACAAAUGUUAGGUACCAUACCACCAUCGGGAGCAAAGGAAAGGGACAAAAGCGAUCGUGAAAGAGACAGUGGUAGCGGUACUCCUGAUAGUAAUACACCAACGAGAAGACGAAGACCAGCGACGAGAUCUCAAAGCGCAAGAGUUUCCGGAGCGAAUAAGAGCAUUCGACGCAGGGCGGUACAAACCGCCGAUCAUCAUCUUCAUCAUCACGAGGGUACUGUUAAAUCUCCCCAUUGCAGUAGCGAACCAAAAUUAACGAACGCCGAUGUCAGUCCAGCAUGUAGAAGAAGGGGUAGCAGAAGAGGUCAGAGUAUGCAUCAUGCUCAACAAAAGAAGAGCAAUGACUUUCUUGACGUUCCGGUAACGUCUAUGCAAUUAUCACCGAGAGAAGGAGAGGACGAGGAUAGUUAUAGACUUCGAAGCUUUAGUCUCACGAGAAAAGGUCUCGUUAACAGAGGAGACUCAUUCAAACGAAGAAGAUCACGAUCGAAUUCUUUGGCACCUGCGGAACAGGAAACGGAAGAAACGAAUUCCUUGCCACCGAAGGAGGUCAUAUCGUAUAACGUAGCCAUUUUGGGAGCAAGGAGAGUUGGAAAGACAGGCUUGAUUGGCCAAUUCAUGACGAGUGAAUGUAUCAAUGCUUAUGAUAGGCAAAGAGAUAUGCCGAGCGAACAAUCCGUUUUUGUGAAACUUGAUGGAGAGGAAAGCGAAUUGAUAUUUUUAAAUAUACCCAAUCCAAAGACGGAAUUAGAGAAGAUACCACCUCCGGAUGCUUUCGUAGUAAUGUAUUCGGUAAUCGACAAGGCAUCCUUUCAAAGGGCAGAACAAUAUUUAGCUUACCUACGUGAUCAGGACCUCGGUAAACCUGUCAUUCUCGUGGGCAAUAAGGUCGACCUAGCUCGUUCACGAGUCGUUCCAUAUUCAGACGGCAAGGAUAAGGCAUGUAGAUAUCGUGCGAAGUUCAUCGAGGUGUCGGUUGGUAUUAAACAUAACGUCGACGAAUUAUUGGUCGGUAUAUUGAAACAAAUACGGCUAAAAAUUGAUCAAGGCCAAUUGGAGAAUCAAAGUGGUGGUAAUACGGCGAGCGAGGGAGGCGGUCAUUGGUAUAAUAAGUCUGGAGUAGUUGUACGAGCUAGCAUGAAGGCUAAACAAAUGUUAAAUUCACUCUUCAGAAGAGAGGAUAGUAAAUUCAAGAACUGCGAAGAUCUUCACGUGUUGUAGAUCGGUAAAAAAAAAAGAAAAAAAAAAAAAAAAAGAAAAAAAAAGAAGGAUAGACUUUUCUCGGGAUCAGGGUGGGAGGGGGGAGAAAGGAAGUGAUGGGAAGAGAGGAACGACGAGGGGAGAUGGGAAAAUUGUCUCUCUUUCUCUUUCCCUCUCUCUCUCUCUCUCUCUCUUUCUCUCUCUCUUUCUCUCUCUCCCUCUCUCUUUCUCUGUCUCUUUCUCUUUCUCUCCCUCUUUCUCUCUCUCUCUCUCUCUCUC